UCACCGCUUCACCCGAUAUAUCCGGGAUCCAUGAGCUGUAAACCCUGACCGGUUGUUUUGAUUCCGGGGAAGAGUUUCCGGCUAUACUUUAGAACCACGGGAUUGGUUGUUCAAAGUUUGUGUAUAUGAGAAAAAAAAUCAAUGAGUGACCCAGGUGCUAUAGCUGUGGUCAUGCAAACCACUGAAAAUACAUCCAGUACUUACACUCAGUGCUUGUACAUCUCAGACGUCAUUACUGAUGUGAACACUUUCCAUUUGACCUUCAACAAGUUAUGAGUGAUUAAUACUACUUUCAUAAGAGACACCCAGACAACAUUUUAUAUAUCUGUUUAGGGAAUGUAUUUUAUAUUUAUCUUUAUGUCUCUGGACUGAAAAAUAAUAAGCAUAAGUGAACACCAUUUACAGGGAUCUGUUUAUGUUCUUUUUGUAUACAUUUUUAGUGAUUUCCGUCAACACCUCAACAUUUCCAUCAUGAUCUACCAAGUGAUUUUGUGUUUUUUAAUAUUAGUUCAUCACCAGACAGUCUGUCAGCAUGUCUCAGAUGUAGUUGAAAUCAGUUGCACAGCUGGAUCUACAGUUCAGCUCCCUUGUGAAGUAGGGACCAGGUUUUGGAAUGCAAACCCUGAUGCUGGAGUUUCAUGGUACAGAUGCUCCGAUACAACGUGUAACCAGCUGCUCAUCACCUACACAGCCACAGAAAAGCUGAUCGUAAAACAAGACGCAAAGAGGAUAAGUUUUCAGUCCAGGAAAAUUAAGCAACCUCACUUCUCCAUUAUCAUCAAAGAUAUCCAUCACCAAGAUGAGGGGUUGUACCAGUGUGUGGUGUAUAAUCUACAUCAAAUAGAAACAACACACACAGUACAUCUCAAAGUUACCAAUGCACAACAGAGCCAUCUAAAUACAAGACCUUCAGACAGUCUGAACAUUCAAGCUGGCUUAACCACAGUUUCCUUUAAAGAGCAGUCAAGGAUAGAAAGAUCAUCUCUGCUGUCUACUGUCACCAUCACAGCACUAUGUGUCACCUCCAUUUUCCUCGGUCCAUUACUCUUUUUCUUCUGGAAGUACAGACAACAUCAGCAAAGGACUGGAGGCACUUGUAGUCGGAGCAAUCUUGGUCAGAGGAUGGGUGAUGAGCAUAUAUACGCAGAAGUCUUCACGAACGCCUUCCAAAACAGCAUUUCAGGGGAUGAAAUGGAGGAAGAUUAUGAAAGUGUGCACUAUGAGAUGUUACGCAGAGACAAUUCGUAUAAUGAUGUUUACAGCGACUGUAACCAGAGCUUUGGGAUACGCUAGAGGUGGCAGAAGAGAGAGCCCCAAUAGUGUGGAUCUGCUGUACACGAUGCCAGCUUACAAUGUAUUUUAACUGUUAUCAUUCAUGACAGCUAGCUUGAUUGGGCUGUGACGAAACAUCAUAGUUUGAUUAGUUUGUUUUAUUCUGGAUGCAUUCUAAGUUGCCAUGGAUAAGGACAUCUGUUAAGAAAUUAUUUUUAAAAAUCUCAUUUACUGUUAAACAUGUCAUUUGAAACACAUUUGUUCAAAAGGGAAAUAUAAUGAAUUAGUUCUUUUUCAGAAGAAUACUUACAGUAUGUCCUUAUGAAUGGAGAAGCAAAGUACAUUUCCUUGAGAGGUUCAUUCCAAAAUCAUAUUAAAAAAAUAUGUAUAUUUUAAUCUUACACUUGGACAUGCAGUAGCAUGUAGCUCUUUCUAAUCUCUUUUCAAUAGUCCUAUAAAAACAGAAAGUUUGUAAACAGAAGAAGAUCAAAUGUAUGGAAAGCUUCCCAAAACAUCAAUUGAACACAUGAGUUUGGGGGUUUUUGUGGAGAUACUAUACUUGCAAUAGGACAUACCAUGUCCAAUCCAAAAAAAAGGACAACAAAACAACUUAACUUUAUCUUUUAGUAUUUUAACAAAUGCGGCUGCUCCAGAAUAAAAGAGAACUGCUCAACAAGUAGUGAGUCAGUACUGAAAACAA